GUCCCUCACCAAAGCCUCAACCUAGACAGACAUGUCACUUUACAAGUCUCUUCAUGGUCAUGAUGCAACGUUGAUCAUCACUCUUCAGGGAAAAUAUUCACUCAACAGGUAAGUGUCUCAUUCACAAAGCUCGCUAGCUUCUGAGAAAACCACAAACAAAUACACUUUUACAUUGCUCACCUUUGAUCUGCUGUGAGCACAGCCGAGCGUGCCGCUACUGAUGUGCUCCAGCACAUGGAAACUUAAAAUUCUGUCUUCUGACUCUAGUUCUUUACAUCUGAGCUUCGGGCAGACUGUUCUGUGAUCGUGUGCUGUCUAAGGAUAUAAAAAUCUGAUAUCUGCAUGCAUGCACAUCCACUGUGUGUAUAUUAAUAUAACACUGUAACUGCAAGGAGUUCAAAGACAUGCUAACUGUGUCAAAGCUCUGUGAGGGUGUACUGUACAAUUCAGCAGCAUCAGGGGAAAUUUCAUUAUUGCACAAGCCAAAUUGUGACAAAAUCAUAUUUCAUUUGUAGAAAUGAGAGAUUUGGACAAGGCUGACGAGGACCUCACACCUUUUUAAACAGAAUAAAUGCAGCACCACUGUUAAUUUAGAGUGCAGGGAACUCAGGAGAAUCAAAACACAAAACCUAAAUGAAACUUAAAACGAUCUGUUUUAUGCUUAAAGCAUUGCAACAGGGUGAAAAGAACGACUGCCAUGAUACACAAUGUGGCCAACAGUCAAAAUGAAAGAUUAUGGAUUGGUGUCAGCGAGUUUACUCACUUUUUUGCAGACAGAAGUCACAAAGCGCUUUCCAUCAACAAUAAUAAAAAAAAUGCACACAAGUAAAAACCUAACAACAGGCACUAAGGAAUAUCAUAAAAACUAAAUCCUUUUAGGUCAAUGAUGCAGUGACCUUAUAUGAUAAAUGGCACAAUGAAUAGGUUUAUUCACAAAAAGUUAACCGAGGGGAUGUGAUCACAAAUAUGCUUGCCUAAACAGAAAUGUGUUUUCAAUUGUUUUUGUAAGACACCAAAUAAGAAAACAAGGACAGAGACUUUUAAACGUUCAGUGCCAAGGCCUCUAAAGCACGAUCAACUCUAGUUUUAAGCUAUGUUAGUAAAUUGGAGUUCUGUCCGGUUCUCUGGGUUUUUUCUUAAACUAAAGAAUUUUAAACUUAAUCCUGAGAGCCCUGUGGUACUCCAAUAGGCUCCAAAAAACAGCAACAAGUGUGAGCUAUAUUAGAGAAAAUCUCAGUAACACUUUAUUUGACGCCUAUCUUUAUAACACAUUACAAAUAUAUUUAUAAUGUGUUAUAAUCAUGUUAUAGCACUAUAUAACUAUAGUUAUAAACACUCAUAAAUGAUCAUAAUGCUUUAUAGCAAUAAUUACAACACAUUAUAAAGCAUUUUAUCAUGACUUACAAGGUCAGGUAUUAUAAUGUCUUAUAACUGUUAACACCAGUUGCAUUGCAUUAUCUAUGUGAGCAUUGUUAGUGAGUUUUUAAUAGCUAUAAGACAUUAUAAUACCUGACCUUGUAAGUCAUGAUAAAAUGCUUUAUAAUGUGUUGUGAUUAUUGCUAUAAAGCAUUAUGAUCAUUUGCGAGUGUUUAUAACUACAGUUAUACAGUGCUAUAAUGGAUUAUAACGCAUCAUACAUAUAUUUAUAAUGUGCUAUAGAGAUAGGCGUCAAAUAAAGUGUUAACAAAAUCUCUUUCAUGAGCAAUAAUUUGUUUAUUAUACAAUAAAAUGGGAGAUAACGCUAAGAGGUAAUGUAUGAUCCUCUCCUAGUAAAUGACCUUUACACCGCUUGCCGUUAGCAUGUCAAAUGAAAUAUAUUAUUGAACACCACAUCAGCCCAUGCACUGAUUUAUUAUCAUCAAAAGGCGACAAUACCAAUUACAAUACUGCUUUAUCAUCAUCAUUUUUGUCAUUAUUAAUUAAGAUGAUACAAUUACUACUGCUGCCACUUACAGGAAUUCUCUUCAAAUUUAGAAAAAAUUAAAAACAAAAUUUUAAAAAUUAAAAACAACAUCGUCAACUCAAGUCGUUUCAAUUUGGCAUUCAAACUUUUAUUUACGUUUGCUAAAAAUAUGGCAGCAGUGGCUAAAGAUUGCAGAUGUUGUUGUUUAUCGGUGUGUCCCAGUUUAACAAUGAUGAUCAAGCAGACUACAGUCAUAAAUACCGUAGUGACAAAACUGGGGACUACUUUACAUUCAUGAACGCAGACAAUGAGCCUCACGGAACUGAUGCAUGCAUUAUUUUUUUUAAUGUUAAUCUUUGAUAUACUGAGCACUCAACAUCAGGUUUUAACUUUGAAAUGAGAAACAAAUAUCAGGCCAAAAGUUUAAACUAGAUGUGCGACUCUUAUCAAGCGUAUCAUAUCUGCAGAGACACUGAAGCUGCCGUAACACCCCUUUCGUUUUCUGCAGUGUUUUCUUUUGUUUUUAUUGUUGUUAAAAAAUGGUUCAGUUUGCAAAUUUUCACCUUUAAACUCAUGAAUUUAAUGCAACUUUAGAUAAUUUCUUGUUGAGCUCAAUUUGAUUCGUAGGAAUAUGGAGUAUGUGUAAAUGUGCAGGCACAUCAAAAAGGAAUUCCAGUAAAGAGGCGACAAAAUGUCAUUUUGUUUCACAUCUACUUUCCAUUUACAGUCUCAGUCAGAGGACCGAACGGGGUUGUGACUGUGUAUACGAAAAAACCUUUGUAAUUGCUCGCAUUUUUUGUGACCUCUGCAGCAGCGAGCGACCACACACUGUAUAAUCAUAAAAGUUCAUUACAGACGUCUUCAGCCUGUGUGAACACUGACGAUGGCGCAGGCUUCCGGUAGUUUCUGCACACAGCGACAGCAUUUUCAUCCAUGUAUUUUCGAUUUUAGACAUAAAAUUCCAAAUAUUCUUGUUACAUACUUAAAUAUUUACAUAUUCCACCCCUGAAUACUCUUGCAUUUGAUAUUUCUCGCACCCAAAUAUGGUCUUACUGUUGAUGUUCAAACUUUACUCAUGUUUACUCCGGUGUACAGUCAUUAGUCACGGUUUCAUAUGCUGGUAGGGCUUUGUGGCUUCAGAGUGUGUGUCAACGCUGAAUAUCAAAGCUUUCACAAAACUGAGUACAUUUCCACAAAUUAACCAGACAUUCAGACAAGAUAUCAGACGUGGUUGUGAUUGAGGGAAGUUUUUUUUUUUUUUUCCACAUUUGAAAGUCUAGUAAAAAAUUGUUUCUGAGACACAGAGAAAAAAAAUGAGUCCCUGUAAAAAAAAAAAAAAUAAAAAAUAAAAAAUAAUUCAAACUGAAAACAAAAACAAAACAAAACAAAACAAAAAAAGCAACUUAGGCAUUAAAAAUAUAGUUGAUUUCUACACCGCCCUGACAGCGUAUGUACUAAUAAAAUAACUUCACACCUGCCCCCUCAACUCUCAUUUUGGGUAUACUGUCUGAAAGCAAUGGAAAAACAGCACAAACCACAGAGAAACAUAUCCAUUCACUACCAGUCAAUCCUCGCCGUUGAUUUACUAACUGAUUAAUCUAUACAGUCAAGAAUUUCCAGAAAUGUCAAAACCCUGAUAACAACCUGUUAUGUAAAUCAGCUCUUUGAAACACAGAGUGGGCUCAAUCUCUUAGUAUCUCUUCUUUGACCUUUUCUUAUCAAACUUUUUGUCAUAUCUGCUCUCUAGCUUCAGAAAUGGUCCGAAUCAACAACACCCAAUAUUUUCACUUCCUGGAGCAGGCGGACGCUCUUCGACGCUCUGGGUCUCUCUGUGAUGCCGUAAUCUCAGUAAAAAGUCAGACUUUCCGAGCCCAUCGGCUUGUCCUGGCCUGUGCUAGCAGGAGACUAGCACAGCAGCUAGCCCAGAGAGACACAGACGGCCCUGUUCACUGCACCUUGGAGCACUUCUCACCCCGCACCUUCCAGCAGGUUCUAGACUUCACCUACACACAGACUCUGGAGGUUUCUGUAGAGGACCUGAAUCUGCUGCUCAGAGCUGCCCAGCUGCUGGAGAUGCUGCCUCUGGAGGAGCAGUGCAGGGAGCAGUUGGAUAAUCUCCACAGUAGAGACAGAGAAGAAGAAAUCACAGAUGUCAAAGAAGAAGAAGAACGCGAAGCAGAUCAAAAGCAUAAAGUAAUUCAAGUUGAAGAAGAGGAGCAUGAAUCUUCUCUCAUGAAAGAGGAAGGCCACCGCAUUAUGAUAAAAAACACUUCACCCUCUGAUCCCACAAAGAUCCACAAUCCUCAGUUCCCAAUAAAGAAGCCUAAAGUUUCCCCUGUUUCCUCCAGCAGAGACAGUGUCAUAACCUGGCCUGGCACAGGCAGCUCCCCUUUCUCUCCCUCCUGGACUUUCCCUGCAAACGUGUGGAAUUCUGUGAGCACCCUGAGGCAUAUAGCAGAGCAUGCAGCUCACCCCCUUCAGCCCCAAAACCAGUUCUCCCUCUUCACCCCCCAUGUGUUCCCUCUACUUGGUUCCCAUUUUCAAAGCUCUGUGAUGGGCUACUCAACCUUUCAUCCACGUUACUCACAAAACCUGUGUGCCGGCACCUCGGGGAUGGGGAGCAUAAUCAAGCAAAGCCUGUUAAAAAGAAAAAAAAACGACCCAAGAGUGUUUACAGGGGCUGUUCAAAACAAACAGACCAGGUAAGGCAGCCCUCAGACAUGUUUUUGGAAACUUGUGUUUAUCACUUUAGUGACUCUCUCCCUGUUUUUCCUCUCACACAGUCAUUCAGAAUCCUCUGAUCUGCUAAAUUGUUCCCUUGCGACAGCUCCUGUACCUGACUCGCUGCAGUUUGUGUAGAUGUGCUGCUCGAGCCUCUAACUUUCCAACCGAUGUGGUUUUACCUGUUAACCCUUCCCUGCCAGUUCUAGUAUGAUCAACUUUUUUUCUUCCCCAAUCAUAACCCAAACUUUAUUUACACUCAUAACACCCAAAAACCCCUAAAUCCGGCCUUGAUUUAAUUCUGAAUGAGCUAUCUACUCUGUGAGACACUAGAUAAAGUGAAACCCACUUAACUAAAAAUUUGGAUUGAUUUACCUCCUUUUUUGAUGUCUAUGCAUAUUGUACAGUGUUUCAUUAAUUGCAACCAAACAGUGCAAAGGGGAGCCCCCUAACUUUCUCCCCUCCUCAGCAGUAACCUUCUGAAGAUUUUCCACCCACUGAAACCGGGUUUCAGAGUUUUGACUAGCCGAUUUGCAUCAAAAAGAAAUGAUUGAAAACAGUCACGUCUUAAACUGAAAAAGUAUUUCUCUGUUAGUGUCACCUAUUUAUAAUGUUUGUCCUGUUGUAAUAAUAUUCAUGUUACAUGUUAAGGGCAAGAUUUAUAAAUGUUCUCUGGUUGGGGAUGAAGAGAAAUAAUCUAACUAAAUGCUUUGAUUUAAAUUUGCAGUAUAUGUCUACACAGAUUAUGUCGAUUGUUUCUUGCAAUUCAGCAAAUGUAUUUUGACUUGUUGGCGUAGUUACCAGGGGGAACCCAAAUCCAGCAGUGAGAGGGUUAAAACCUGCCGACACUGCAGUGCAGGUGUCAAUGUGGAUCCAGCCUCCACCCCACCAGGUAAACAACAAUAUAAAAAAUAACUCUUUAUAACAUCAGAGUAAAUAGAUCACUCUACCAUAUAGUCAUACAGCAGCAGUAGAAGCAUUUAUCUGGUGUAAAACAGAUCCAUUUAAGAAGAUAAAUAGAUGUUUCCUGCCGUGACCCCUAACCCCGACAGAGUCCCGCUACAUACAUUUAGCUACGCAAUGGAAAGUGAUAAAGAGAGUUGUGGUUUCAAGAGCUCCAGCGCUGCAGAGCAGUAGUGUGGUUAGAUCUAGCGAGAUACAUGCCGUACAGUAUGUACUGCAACACAACAGUGCUUUUUCUGAGCCAAAUAAAGACAUGUUUUUUGAUUUAUUACACAAAAUAUGAAGAGGACGCUGCAGUUACACAAUAAUUAGCAGGUUAGCAUGCGCAUGUAUGAAAGAACGAGCUAUGAAAGCUAGCUGUACAAUCCAGCUGAUAAAAAACAGGUUAAUCUGAUGUUUGGUAUCCCUGCUUAAUGGAAAAAAAUAUGUUCUCACUCCAACAGAUAAGGUGCUGGGACAACUCUCGCACAAGAGAUUUCAGUGAGAGUAAGAUCCCUGAGAUAAUAACCCUAAUAUUACAUUACUCCUCAAUGAAAAACUCGAACUCUUUAUAUCUUAAAAAAGGCAAACAGUACAUAGACAAAUUAAAUAAAUGCAUUCAUCUCCUGUUUGUGCAACGGCUCAUUAUCAUUUGCUUUUGCUUACUGUUGAAAACAAAAGUGUGUUACUCAGGCCAGUACAAAUAAAAGUAUUGUUUUUUUUGCUAGACAAUGUGAUGUGUGAAGUGAGAGCUCAAAGGAAAUAUUGGACAGGAAACAUGCUAAUGGCAACAGGUCACAGCAGGCUGUGUUUAGAGUGGGGAGUAUUCAAUUGUUGUGGUUUUUGACUCUUUUUCACUCAAUUUCCCCUCCAUUCAGACCCCUCCUCCUGUUUCAGCAUCCUGUCUAUAAGGGCUUAGGUUUUACUUGAGAAACCUUAAAAAAGAAAAAAAAAUAACUACAGGGACAGAAAGCCCUCACACUUGCUAACUUAACCUCAAAGAUCACACCUUUGUAAUUGUUUAAGAAUCACUAUCACAUGUAGCUGCAGCAGAGAUGUUUGUGCAGAGAGACAGGAAAGAAAGUAACAAACUGUAUUUGCUGUUUGGCAACACGAUACUGACCAACAAUAACUUGUGCUUUUAAAAGAGGUUAAAAUCACAUUCAUAUAUAAAGCCAUUAACCAAAAUUAUGAUUAUAUAUUCUAUGACUAUAUUAAUCAGGAGGUAGUUAUACUUGAGAGCAGGGCAGGAGUGUCACCUUUGGUUAUCUGACAAGUUUUUGUUUUCUAUUUCUUUUGGAUUAGUAAAUGUUUGUUGUUUAUAAAAGUUUAGAGAAUCACAAAAACACUGGACAGUAGAUAAUUUUAUACCAAGUCUUGUUCCGUUUAGAUCGUCAGCAACACAAAAUUUUUGGCUAUGGAAACAGAAAAGCAAAAAAAGCAUCACGCAGGAAAGUAUGGCAGAUAUUUAUUGACAUACUUUGACAUUUGAUCAAAAAAGACUGUGGCUCUAAAAUAAGUUCAAGUACCAUAAGAAUACAUUGGUUAUUAAUCUUUACAAAAAAAAGAAAAUAAAAGUACUUUGACUGAACCCAAUUAUAAAACUGUAACAUAGAAAAUGCAUGAAAAUUCAUAGCGUACUCUGUAAACAUGUUUACUGAUGUAUUCAACUGAACUCAACUGAUCUACCUGGUAUAAGGGUUUUUUUGUUAUGUAAAAAAAAUUCAGGCCACAGGCUAUUGCAGGUCCACCACAACCUUCACACAUUCAUCUGUUUCCCUCAUCUUGUUGUGAACUCAGGAGAGGCCCUCGCAGAGUGUCGGUUCUGUGAAAAGGCCAAAGUGUUGCAGCAUGAACUACAAUCCAAUCAACAAGAACACAGAGGAGAAAAACCGUACCAGUGCCAACUCUGUCCCAAGAAGUUUAGUUUAAAACACCAACUUGACACCCACCACCGCGUUCACACAGGUGAGAACACUGCUCAGACUGCUGCGGGCCACAGAAGUGCUUUGUGUGUCCCUUCACUCAUAAUGAGGAUAAAAAAAUAGAAGUACAAUUUAUCAAUAUACACAAUUUGUCUUUGGAGGAAAAAGAAAACAAACUUAGGUUUUGAGUCUUAGGGUGCUGCUGAGUUCUUACUGGUUAUAGGGGCAUAAGUCUGAGACCAGACCCUAACGUUUUUGGACCAUGGGCCACCACAGCAAAACCUACAAAUAAUAUUCAAAGUCACUUCAAAAUAAAAUGCAUUUCUUUUUUAAUGAAAAUACGGUGGUGAAAUAUGUCAAACAAUCUGGGUCAUCAAGAUCAGACACCAGAGCACCGGUCCCCUCAGUGCUACACAACCAGUAUGUCCCCAUACUUUUUUCUUUACUGACAUCUUAAAUGUAAAUAUUGAUAUAAAUAAAGGAAGGAACACAUUUCUCAUGAAUGUAUGUCAAAAUAAAUGUGGUACAUUGUAAAGAAAUAAAAGCCCACUGAAAGCCUGUAUAACUCAAGAUUGUGGUAGCUGCAGGGUAAAUCUAUUGAUCAUGGGCAAACAUGUAGCAGCAACAAGCAUCACUAUUGAGAGAAGCAAAUAAUUGGUUAUAAUUGGUUAGGAGGCAUCUCAAAUUAGAUUUUAUACUACUCUUAACUUGAUGUUUAAUUUUUUAUGAUGAGGUUUGGAUAAACUGCACCGUGGUGAACCAGUUAUUUUCACCAGAAACUACACUCCUCUGUAUAAAAGGAACACAAGGCUCGAUAAUAUGUGGUUUGGUGAAUGGUAUAUAAAACAAACAAAUGUUAGACCAAAGUUUGAGACCCUCUCUCAAGUGUUCUCCUCUCUUCAUCCCCCCUUCCUUCCUGUCCCCCUCCUCCUUUCCUCUGCUUGCAGGAGAAAAACCAUUUGAGUGCCGUCUCUGUGGACAGCGCUCACGGGACUACUCAGCCAUGAUCAAGCACCUGCGAACUCAUGGCGGCGCGGCACCGUACCAGUGCACAGUGUGCCUGGAGUUCUGCAGCAGCCUGGUGGCCAUGCAGAGACAUGUCAAAGGUCACGCGGUGCAGGACUUUCCCCCUGACUGGAGCAUCAACAACACCUAUCUGUAUACCUCCCACAUCUGAGCCUCACAUGCAGACACCUCUGUUGGACACAAGGCUGUCAUAGCUUUGAAUUUGUUCCUUUCAUGUGAUGACAGAGUUUCAUUUAACACUGGUGAUACUUUAAAUACCUGAAAUGUCCUUCAACUCAACUCAUUUUAAUUUAUAUAGUUUUCUUAAUAUGCAGCUAAAAGUGCUUCAUACAGAAUAGAGACAAACAGAGAAGAAACAGGUAAAAAAGAGACAACAGUAAAUUUUACUUGACUAAAACUGGCAGCAGUAAAACAAUUACACGUUUCAAUAAAUUAUUAUAGAAAUGUGGUAAAUGGAAUAUGAAAAAAUAAAUUCCAGGGAUAAAGUUGCAAAAACAAUUAUGAAAACCAAGAUUUUAGUUUUAACAUUACUUGAAAUUCAAAGUUAGAUUAAAUAGAAAGUUUUAAUUUCCUCAAAAAAGCAUCCCCUCAGAGCUCUUUGGUUUCUGACUUGAAUAUUAAAGAUGGUCUUUGAAAGAUUUGUAACAAGUAAAGAAGUUUAAACUUAAAGCUGAAGCUCUUAAAGGUUUUCUACACAAACGUACACUUCUCUUUAUCCAAACCGACAAAGAAAGAAGAGCCCUUCUUUCCAAUCCCAUGCCUGAGAGCGUAAUUAAAGCGGUGGCCGUAUAACACAAGGGUGCAGUUGUGUAUUGCAACCACAUAAACAGCUCUCACUCACUGAAUAAAAUCAUUCAUCUAACCAAUGCUUAUAGCGCCCUCAAGGGGUCAGUCCCGCAACUGUUAUUUCAUUUUUUUCUGCACAAAAAUACAUUCAGUCAAAUACAGUCAAAUCACAUUACUAAGUGAAAGUCAAAUCCGCAGGAAAAUUCUUCUAUUUCACUCUUUGAAAACAGCAACUUUCCUCUGCUGCUGUGUUAUUUCAACAAGAGACAUGAAGGAAAAAACUGCUACAGGAAUUUAACCUUGUGUUACAGCAAGCGUCAACCUCGAGGUUGACUUGCUUUUGGGUAGAAAGUCAGCUAAAUCCCUUAUAUGGACAUUAACUGGAACAUUAAAAGAAAACCCUGGUAGGAGUGUAUUUAUUCAAGUAUGGAAGGGAGGACUGCAUGGGAAGGUCACUGGCCAGCUCAGGCAGCUUUCACAGGAAUAUCAUUGUGAUAGUUUAAAAGAACUUGAUGAUCUGAAGUAAAUACAAAGCAGUAUUUUGCAACCACUUUACCUGUCUAAACACCAUAAAACUAAAAGACUGUGAAGACAUAGUGUUUGUAGCAUGUGUAUGUACUAUUUAACAAAGCAUGUUGUUUUGUAGAUGUUAGCUUUUAGGCCUGUUUCCUCUAAAAGCUAGUUGUUCACUUGCAAUGCAUUAUCUACAUAUUUUUAGGGCUGAAAACAGACGUGUCACUCAUUUUUCAUUGAUAGAUUUUACUUGAUAAUUGUAAGAUGAUGUUUGAGAAUACCAGUAAAUCAAAUAAAUCUGUUUCACCAGAAAAA